GCGCUCUAUAUAUAUAUGGCGGCCGGGCUUCGGCCCCGCUUCAUCGGCAGUCUGCCACUUGCGUCAAAAUCUUGUGUGUUCAGCAUGUCGGAGACUGCUCCUGCCGCUCUUGCCACCGCCCUGCCUACGGAAAAGACACCGGUAAAGAAGAAAACUGCCAGAAAACCGGCGGGGACUCGCCGUAAGGCAUCCGGCCCCCCGGUGUCCGAGCUCAUCACCAAGGCAGUCGCGGCUUCCAAGGAGCGCAGCGGCGUGUCGCUGGCUGCACUCAAGAAGGCGCUGGCGGCCACCGGCUACGAUGUAGAGAAGAACAACAGCCGCAUCAAGCUGGGCCUCAAGAGCCUGGUGAACAAGGGUACCCUAGUGCAGACCAAGGGUACUGGCGCUUCGGGUUCUUUUAAGCUCAACAAGAAAGCGGUCUCCGGGGAAGCCAAGUCCAAGGCUAAGAAGGCGAGCGCGGCCAAGCUCAAGAAGCCCGCGGGAGCAGCCAAAAAGCCCAAGAAAGCCACGGGGUCUGUCACGCCGAAGAAAAGCGCUAAGAAGACCCAGAAAACAAAAACUACGGCGGCGGUCGUCACCAAGAAAGUGGCCAAAAGCCCAAAGAAAAGUAAGGCUGCCAAAUCCAAGAAAACAGCCAGAAACGCGCCUAAGGCAGUUAAGCCCAAGGCCGUCAAGCCCAAGGUUGCUAAAUCCAAGAAAGCCGCACCCAAAAAGAAGUAGGUUGUCGAGGGUCUGCUUCUAAAACCCAAAAAGGCUCUUUUCAGAGCCACCACAGAUUUCAAAAGAAAAAGAGCUGACUAUUUGCUCAUCUGCCACGUCCAUUGUUCCUUUCACCUUAACAUUUUAAGAUUUUCUUGAGACAAGUACCAGUGACGGGCUUCUGGAGACCUGCCGCUCAGUUCACGCAUUGCCACAGGACGAGACUAAUUCCCCCAGAAACGGUAGGAGCACGGAGUUCACUACCUGCUCCGCCCCGCCGCUCCCAACGAACUGAGAUACUUUAAACUUUGCGAAUGUGGAAAGACCUUCCCACGGAGACCACAAUGCACAUGCAUACACACACGCUCACACCCAAAGAAUGAAAGCGUUCUCCAUUGUUUCUUUCAGUUUUGUGUUUAAUUUUACAGUUAAAACAAUUGUGCCCUUCAGUAUUUUUUGUAAGGUUUAAUAUAUGGAUAUAUUUACCCCUCCACCCCUCAAGAACAUUUUAUUAACUCUUCCAUUUCUGCCUCUCCGCUAUCCUCACCCCUCGUUUGAGAUGACAGCUUUUAUCAUAGGCUAAAUUCCAUGAUGGAUCUUGGUUUUGUUUGUUCCUGUGGGCCUUCUGGCCAUUUCUCAGGUGGCGUCACACCAUUUUAAGUGUUCACAGUAGUAUUUUCAAUGCUGAAAAUACAGGACCCAUAGUAGAUACUCAAUUAUUGAAUGUUUAAUAAACUGAGAUGUUAUAACAUG